AUGCGGCGUGAUAUGCGCCGCGACAUGCGGGUGCGAAUCUCGCGCAUGGGCGGAGCGCAAGGACCUGGAGCGCCCGGGGGAGCAGGAGAGUCGAGCAGCCAAUCAGACGCGGACGCGUGGCGGGAGCUGCUGCGCGGCGGGGAGGACGUGGCGCAAGUCAUGUCUGACAUGGCUAACAUCCUGGACGAGAUAUCGGGCCUGGAGGGGCGGGAGGAGGAGCUGGCGGUGCAGAUGGCAGCAGCAGCGGCCAUAGCGGGGAGGGUCAGCACUCUCGACCAGUCGUUCCUGGUGGCGCUUGAGUUCAUGAUGGGGCAGGCUGACGCUAACAACGACUCCAAGGGCCGCUGGUUGCUGGAGGUGGUGAAGGAGCAGCUCCUGUCACAGCUGCAGCAGAAAAUGCCUCCCCAGGUGCAAGUGGUGUCCCUCCUUGUGGCCACGUCAGACAAGAACCGCCGGCGAGACAUCAUCACACGCGCGCUGGCAGGGGGCGGCAAGCUCCCUGCCGAGGCGAGUCCGGGCGGCAACAUGGGCGGCAUGGGCGGGAUGGAACCACCGGAGGUGCAUGUGCCUGGAGCCAGGCUGGAGGAAAUAAUUGCUCAGGCGGACGACCUCGUUGCUUCAAUGGAGGAGCAGCUGCCCAUUCAGGACCGCCGUCUGCUGGCGCGCCUGUUAUUAGCAAGGGAGGAGGCGCGGACUCUCAUGGCGGGGGGCGUUCAGGACCCUCGCAACGACGUGCGCCGCCUCAAGAAUGUUCCCGAGGCUGAGGUGCGGUUCAUAUCAACACUGGUGGCCAUGAGAUCUCCAGAUUUUCUGCGGAAGCGGAUACUUGAUGUCAUGGAAGGAAGGGAGGAGGGCGAGUAUAUAAAGGGCAGUGACGGCCCUAUCAAGGUUCAGCAAUCAAAGGGCUCUGCUCCUGUUCGGCCAGGUCACCUGCUGGACACCGUAACCAAGCCGUUUCUGCUUUCGGAAGUUGUAGUCCACGCAGUGAUUUUGGGUGAGGUUCGCCAUUGGAUCGGGCGAAGGCGGAAGCUACCGGAACAGCGACUGUAG